GAGAGGAAAGCGUCAGACCUGAUCUACGACGUUUUCCCCGAGCACAUUGCGCAUGCUCUGAGGGACGGGAAGAAGGUGGAGCCGGAGAAGAAGGAGAUGGUCUCCAUUUACUUCUCCGACAUCGUCGGCUUCACCGACAUCUGCUCGAAGAUCGACGUGGAGAAAGUCUCUGACAUGCUCGACCGGCUGUACACGGCUCUGGAUCGCAUUGCUGGCGAGCUCGACAUCUUUAAGAUCGAGACCAUCGGAGACGCCUACAUGUGCGUUACCAACCUGGUGGAAGAGCAGGAGGACCAUGCUGCGCGUCUCGCCUUCUUCGCCAUGAAGGCGGUCCAGGUGGCAGCUGAGACGAUGGUCGACGAGGAGCAGAAGGAGCUGGGGUGCGUGAAGCUGAGGAUCGGAAUCAACUCGGGCCCUGUGGUGGCCAACGUCAUAGGAACUUCAAGGCCCAAGUACACGUUGUUCGGUGAUACAGUGAAUAUUGCCUCGAGAAUGGAGUCAAACUCUCUUCCGCAGAAGAUCUUGUGCAGUGAGGAGCAGAAGCAGUCGUUCGAGCAGCGAGUGUGUGUGCUGGAACGAGGGAUCAUUCGAGUGAAGGGCAAGGGACCGAUGGAGACGUAUUGGAUC